UUGCAUCUCAACCACGUAUCCAUAACUGUCCCACCAUCCAUGCAUUUUUUCCAUCACAAUCUCUAUUUUUUAUUACAUCUUUGCUUGCACUUUUUACUAAACAGAUAGUGAAAAAUGAGGGAGUGCCUGUCGAUCCACAUUGGUCAAGCUGGAAUUCAAGUAGGAAACGCCUGUUGGGAACUUUACUGCCUUGAACAUGGCAUUGAGGCUGAUGGACAAAUGGCGAGCGAUCAGAGUGUAGGGAAAGAAAACGAUGCGUUCAACACGUUUUUCAGUGAAACAGGGUCUGGCAAACACGUACCUCGAGCGGUGUUUGUUGAUCUUGAACCUACUGUCAUCGAUGAGGUUCGUACCGGCGCCUAUCGCCAGUUGUUCCAUCCCGAACAGCUUAUCAGCGGCAAGGAAGAUGCUGCUAAUAACUUUGCUCGUGGACACUACACCAUUGGGAGAGAGAUAGUGGAUGUCUGCCUUGAUCGUGUGAGGAAGCUUGCAGACAAUUGCACCGGAUUGCAAGGAUUCUUGGUUUUUCAUGCUGUUGGAGGGGGAACCGGCUCAGGCCUUGGCUCUCUGCUUCUUGAGAGGCUUUCGGUUGACUAUGGAAAGAAAUCAAAACUCGGCUUCACCGUCUAUCCAUCCCCUCAAGUUUCGACUUCUGUUGUUGAGCCUUACAAUAGUGUGCUUUCCACUCAUUCCCUUCUUGAGCAUACUGAUGUUGCAGUGCUUCUUGACAAUGAAGCCAUUUAUGACAUUUGUCGCAGAUCCUUGGGUAUUGAAAGACCGACUUACACCAAUCUCAAUAGGCUUGUGUCACAGGUGAUUUCGUCCUUGACAGCUUCUCUUCGGUUUGAUGGUGCACUUAAUGUGGAUAUUACUGAAUUCCAAACCAACUUAGUCCCUUACCCACGAAUUCAUUUCAUGCUAUCUUCUUAUGCCCCAGUGAUCUCUGCAGAAAAAGCAUACCAUGAGCAGCUUUCAGUACCAGAAAUCACAAAUAGUGCAUUUGAGCCCGCCUCGAUGAUGGCUAAAUGUGACCCUAGACAUGGCAAGUACAUGGCAUGCUGUUUGAUGUAUCGGGGGGACGUGGUGCCAAAGGAUGUGAAUGCAGCAGUGGCCACUAUCAAAACAAAGAGAACCAUUCAGUUUGUGGACUGGUGUCCAACUGGAUUCAAGUGUGGAAUAAAUUAUCAAGCGCCAACAGUUGUUCCCGGUGGGGACUUGGCUAAGGUCCAGAGGGCUGUUUGUAUGAUAUCAAACUCCACAAGUGUUGCAGAAGUAUUUUCAAGGAUUGAUCAUAAGUUUGAUCUAAUGUACGCCAAACGUGCCUUUGUGCAUUGGUACGUAGGGGAGGGGAUGGAAGAAGGCGAGUUCUCAGAGGCUCGCGAGGACUUAGCUGCACUGGAGAAAGAUUAUGAGGAAGUUGGUGCUGAGGCAGUUGAAGGUGAAGAGGAAGAAGGGGAAGAGUAUUAAUGUCUCUGACUCUCUGUUAAGUUUUCUUUUCCAUUUGAAUCUCCUGCUAAAACAAUUUAAUUUUGAAUAUUUUAUUAUAUUUGUAGUUUGUGCAGCUUGGUUUACAAUCAAUAUAGGCUUAUUCAUC